AGUUUGUGUCACGUGAUAACGCGUCAUAGGUCAGAGCGGAACUGCAAGGACACAACAUGGCGGCGCCAGCUAAGAAAGUCUUCGAGGUCUUCGUGUCUAAAAUACCAUGGACCGUAGCCAGCAAGGAGAUGAGAGAGUACUUUGGGCAGUUUGGCUCAGUGAAGAAGUGCCUUCUACCAUUUGAUAAAGAUACGGGCUUCCACAGAGGCUUCUGCUGGGUUGGAUUCUCGUCAGAGGAGGGACUGAACAAUGCGCUUGAGAAAGACCCACAUAUUCUGGAGGGAUCGAAGCUCCAGGUCCAGAGGAACAGACGACCAUUUGUAGGCCAAAAAUCAAACAGAGCCAGUGAAGUUGACUGAAGCUCUCCGGUGUGUUACUGUGUCAAAGAGACGAAGACGUGCUAUUGUUUUUGUAUUCAGGCACUAAGGGAAGACUUAAAGCAGUGCACCAGCAUUGUUGUGUUCAUUUUCCAUUUCAAAGUCUCUGUAUUACAGUUUGGCCGUAGCUUUAUUGUCAUUGUUUUAAUAGGUUUUCCCUUUAUUUAUUCUCAGUCAUGGCAUUGUCAACGGUCGCUGGUUGGUGGUAGCUGCUGAGGUCAUACAUCAUUCCACUGUCUGACAAUAAAAAAGUGUUAUACUCCA